ACUCAACGAAAUCAAAGCGAUGGCGUUGACCGCCUAUUCAACACCGCCUCCUCGUUUUGAAUAAAAAGCACAACCUGAUCCCUCUAAAGCCAAUUAACCAUCCUCGAGUCUGUUCUAUCUUGUUAAAUCCCGAACUUGCCGAAACUCACAUAUAUCCAAUCAAAAAUAAGACACCGUUUCAUCAAAAGCAAUCCCGAACUUCCGAAAACUCAUAAAUACCCAAAUCAAAUAAGACACCUUUUCCUUAAAACGCUGCACUAUUUCCCUCUUGAAAAACAAAUCUUUCGAUAAUUUCUAAGAUUUCACCUUCUUUUAAUUACAUAUAUAUACCCAGAACCUUAAUUUUGUUUCUAUCAUAAAAGCUUAAUCCCUCUUCAAUGGCUUCUUUUGAGAGAUACGGCUCUCAAUCCUACGCCCCCUCAGCUCCAACUCUCCCCGAAGAUCACAACUACACCUCUACUACUACUACUACUACGCCUCCUCCAAACAGCCAUGGCCAUGAUCACACCCAAUUUCACAGCCAUGGCUCUUCUCCUUCUUCUUAUGCAUAUGGGCAAUCAAGUUCUUCUUCACAUGGUUAUGGGCAAUCAAGUUCUUCUCCAUAUGGAUAUGGGCAAAUGGGUUCUACGUCUUCGUUUUCUUCUUCGUAUGGAUAUGGGUACGUGGGUUUUCCUGCUGGGACGAGUCCUGAUGUGAUAAGGAGUUUUGAGAUGGUCGACAGAGAUCGAAGUGGGUUUAUUGAUGAUAACGAGUUACAGCAAGCGCUUUCUUCUGGGUACCAGAAAUUUAGCCUUAGAACUAUUCGUUUGCUCAUCUCUCUCUUCAAGAAUCCCAAUGAUCCAGCUCCCAGAAUUG